AUGCUGCACGAGGCCGAAAUUGUGGUAUACCAGCAGUACUGUCCCCCUGAAGUCCAGCGGGUGAUUGCGUCAGGAAGCAGCGCGUUCAUUGGAGAAGUCGACGCAUCCACUGUUUUGAAAUAUCCUCUCGCCCAUGGUGGAGACAUGAGCCGGCUUGAAGUGGAAAGGAAGCUUCUCGAAGUCGUGGGACACCAUCGACGGAUCAUAGGAUUGAAGAGGUUCUCGAAUAGCGGGCUUUACUUGGAGCGUGCUAUAAAUGGAAAUUUGGCUGACUAUAUCCUCGAAUCGGUCGACUCCCCGCCGUCACUCCAGCAGAGGUUAUCCUGGUGCCAGGAGGCAGCUGAGGCAGUCGCAUGGAUCCAUAGUAGGGGAGUACUUCAUUGCGACAUUCAGCCCGCAAACUUCCUUCUCGAUGAGGAGUUCCAUCUCAAACUGUCUGACUUCCAAGGGAAGCACUUAUCAGAGAAUGGCACUGUGCUCCUCGAUGGAGGCAGCGGCGAACCUUGCAGAUUCUAUUGCCCCCGAGAGGAUCCGUUUGAGGCAGACACAAAAACAGAUCUCUUUGCAUUGGGUUGCACUAUCUACUUUAUCAUGAUGGGCCACCCUGUGUUUCCCGACAUUGUUGAUGGGGAAGACGGAUGGUAUGAAAAGGUCAACGAUAGCCCAGAAGAUCUGAACAGUAUCUGGAAUCUCGGCGGCGCCAUCUUCGGAGGAGGUGAGGCGAAAACAAGAUUCAGCCGACUAUAUGACGGCCAGAAACGCGUCCAGGAGAAAAGCAACACCGUUGCCUUUUUAUCGCGUACAGUUUCUGUCCUUCUACGAAAUGAUAUUGACGACAGGGCGAACAUGGUAGAAAAGCGUUCUCUUAGCAAAGGACGCGGGAGACUGAGCGUGGCUUUGGAGCAACUAGCACAGGAAAUUCCUACGACAAAAGAGAAAAUAUCUGGAGAGUACACUCGAUCAGCAUUAUUUUACAGGCUCAUCGAAAAAUGUGGGCUUGGCGACCUUGCCACACUUGGUGCUGACAAUAACCAUAUUUGGCAGAAAGACCUCUCGAUCCGUGACGUGGACUUCCUAAUAUCUUUCAGGAGAAGGAAUUAUCCUAGGGCGGAGAAAAUUGCACGGCAAUUGGACUUCCCGGUCGCGUCGUUGAUGAUCGAAGCACUGACAACCUGUGGUUGGGGAUAUGACGAAUUGGCCACCGGCAACACACGAUUCUUGCAACAUUUACGGUGUAUUGUGGCUGCGGAUAGCCUGGCCAAAGGGUACAUUGAGAAGGCUAUAAACCAUAAUGAUCCUGUGUCUGGAAGUGAAGGACGGAGACCUCUUCGUAGUGAGCCAAUGAUACUGGGCCAACAAACUGCGUCCAGCUAUGCCCGUGAACCCGCUCAGCCUGGGGGAGAUCAAGAAAGCUAUCCAACGGCUUCGACAGUCGACGGGAAGAUCGAACACGCUUCGUCAGAACGCAGAUGCCGGAAAAGGCCGCCCUCCGACUUUUAUAAUAAGUCUAAACGUCUCCAAAAGGAAGCUACACCCGAAAUUUCUCAGUCUAUACCCACGCCACAUGGCCAAAUCGCUGAUGCAGACUCAUCCCUGAACGAGGGCUCCGGCAUACCUUUGGAUGACCAAUACCAGGCUGAUUUUUCCAGUCCCACUAUCACCCAAUACCGGAAAGAUCAAUCCAAUCAGGUUUCAUCUCAUCCCUUUCCAAUGACAGAUCCUCCAGCGGCCGCGCCGCCGAGUCUCAGAUCUUCAUUUUACUCUUUUCCAACCUCUUGGGGUAACUUUGGCGAAAAGCACUAUGCCAUGGUGUCAGAUCGCCUCAGUAUUCACGGCCAGGACGACUUCGAAACUGCUGCUACGUUUGUCCAGUGUUCAUCCCGUGCUGCCGAGGACUUUUCUUCCGGCAAUUCGGCUACACCAGGUGAACAGUCUGGGACGAGUGAUUCCGCACUGGCUCAAGGCACGGUUACCGAGCCAAGAUAUGUUCCUGCAUCAGAACCAUUUGCAGAAGCUAUCCGUGCUACUCCACAUCUGGGGGAAACACAGGUGGCUAUUGAUUCAGCUGUCAGAUCCACCCCGUUAUUCCGCAUGCCUGAAGAGAAUGAUACGAGCUCUUGGAGCGACUCGACUUAUGGGGCGACUUAUGUCGGGCAAGCCAAUGAUGGUCAUUGUUAUCAACUUCCUGAGAAUUCCGAUGCGUCUGCAUGGAGUAACUUUGUCAACUAUUGUUUGCCCCGAGUGGAGGAUGAAUACGCUUGGGCAGCCUGGAAUACAUACGUUUUACCACAGAGUACAGACUCGACCGCUUGGGGUGCUCAUUGA